AUGGAUGACUAUUUUCUCAAAGUCAACAUGCUCAACGACGAAGCCCAAGCUGCAGCCAUAACGGAUUCGACCGAGGCCAUCGCUAGUGGCGCCGCUCCCGCGCCGGCAUCUCUCGCGCCAGCAUCUCUCGCGCCAGCCAACGCCGUGGCAGAUCCGGCGCCCGCAAACCAAGACAGCGCAUUUGAUGCCUUAGUCUGGCCCGACGAAUCGUCGUUGUCGUUGACAGUUGUCAAUGAGGCUGGCGAGGCUGUGGAGACUAUUACCCAGAGGGUGAAAGAAGACAAUCUUCCAACCCAGCCUCAGGAUCCUGUCUCGCUUAUCGAACGACUCAUUCUGGAGCGCAAUCGAGAGCGAAAAGCCGCAAAGGAAGAUCAACCAAGCACCUCGACCUGGGCUAAUAUCUUUUAUGGCAAUUGA